GAGAUCGGCCUUACCAAAAUAUUAGAAGAAAAGGCAUGUGACUGGUUACAGGGGAAAAGAAGAAGAAAAAGGAUGGUGUGUGAAACUUCUUCCUGUGUCUUACCCUAUUCAGGGAGAUAUACGUGUAGUUGUAGAGAAAAUAAUUGUUUCUGAAAAAAACACGGAGGAGCAGAAUUUUAAGACCAGAUACCAACCAUUCAAUAAACGAUGUCGUUUUCUCAGAUCCGAUCCACCUGAAUGCAGCAGCAGCAGCAGCAGCUCUGAUCCAAAAUUUUACGCCCCAAAACGAUAAUGUCAGCCUCUCAAACCCUAGGCGGCUCAUCCCGGUGCGGCCGAGUCAUCGGUCCUUCUCUCGACAAGAUCAUCAAGAACGCCGCAUGGCGUAAGCACUCCCACCUCGUCUCCACCUGUAAAUCGGUCCUUGACAAACUCGACUCGCUUUCCGAUUCCGAUCUUAGCACCGCCUCGCCUCUAUUAGGUUUGUCUCUUUCCGAAGCCGAAUUUGUCCUCCAACCUCUUUUUCUUGCCCUUGACGCUGCCUAUGCCAAGGUCGCUGAGCCAGCUCUUGAAUGCGCUUUCAAGCUAUUCUCCUUUGGCCUCGUCCGUGGCGAGAUUGAUAGUGCUGAUCCUAACAAUCUCAUUUUCAAGAUGGUUGAGGCCGUUUGUAAGUCUGGUGGCCUUGGGGAAGAGGCGAUCGAGCUCGCCGUGCUUCGGGUUCUGCUUUCCGCGGUUCGAUCUCCAUGCGUUAUGAUCCGUGGUGACUGUUUGGUGAAUAUGGUUAGGACUUGUUAUAACGUAUAUCUUGGAGGACUCAAUGGCACUAAUCAGAUCUGUGCUAAGUCGGUUCUGGCUCAGAUUAUGGUAAUUGUCUUUACCAGAGUUGAGGAGGACUCCAUGAACGUUGCCGUUAGGAGGAUUUCCGUGAACGAAUUGCUUGAAUUUACUGAUAAGAAUUUGAAUGAAGGGAGUUCCAUCCAGUACUGCCAGAACUUCAUUAAUGAGGUUAUAGAUGCAAGUGAAGGGGUUCCUGCUAUUAGCCAUUCGGUGGAGAACUCCUCUCACAAAUUGCAAAAUGGCAAUGGUUCUGCGUCUGAAGCAGAUGGAAAAGAAGGCCAAUCUGGAGAGAUCGAAUCAAAUGAGGGAGCUGAAUCAAGUGGCAGUAAGAUCAGGGAGGAUGGGUUUCUCCUGUUCAAGAAUUUGUGUAAGUUGUCAAUGAAAUUCUCAUCGCCUGAACACCCAGACGAUCAAAUUCUCUUGAGGGGGAAAAUAUUGUCUUUGGAGCUGCUAAACGUAGUCAUGGACAAUGGGGGACCGAUUUGGCGCACCAAUGAGAGGUUUCUUAAUGCCAUCAAGCAGUUACUGUGCUUAUCAUUGCUGAAAAACAGUGCAUUAUCGGUUAUGGCCAUUUUCCAACUCCAGUGCUCUAUUUUCAUAAACUUUUUGUCAAAAUUCAGAUCGGGAUUGAAAGCAGAGAUUGGUAUCUUCUUUCCCAUGCUAGUCCUCCGGGUGCUUGAGAAUGUUCUCCAGCCUAGUUUCCUGCAGAAAAUGACCGUCUUAAACCUAUUGGAGAAAAUAUCUCAGGAUUCACAGAUCAUGAUAGAUAUCUUUGUCAACUAUGACUGUGAUAUGGAUUCUCCAAACAUCUUUGAAAGGAUUGUCAAUGGCCUUCUGAAAACUGCUUUAGGACCACCUUCUGGGUCAACUACGACAUUGUCGCCUGCACAGGAUAUCACCUUUCGGCAUGAAUCUGUUAAGUGCUUGGUAGGUAUAGUUAAAUCAAUGGGAGCUUGGAUGGACCAACAACUGAGACUGGGAGACUCAUAUCUCCCCAAGAGUCACGAGAGUGAUGCUUCAGUCGAGAAUCAUUUGACUCAAAAUGGAGAAGAAGGAUCUGUUUCGGAUUAUGAAUUACAUGCAGAAGUAAAUUCUGAACAUUCAGAUGCUACCACCCUUGAACAACGUCGUGCUUAUAAAAUUGAAAUGCAGAAAGGUAUCUCAUUAUUCAAUAGGAAGCCUUCAAAGGGGAUUGAGUUCUUGAUAAAUGUAAAAAAAAUUGGUAGUUCAGCAGAGGAUGUGGCUUUGUUUCUGAAGAACACUAAUGGCUUGAAUGAAACAAUGAUCGGUGACUAUUUGGGCGAGAGAGAUGAAUUUCCUCUGAAAGUUAUGCAUGCCUAUGUGGAUUCCUUUAAUUUUAAAGGGAUAGAUUUCGGUGAAGCAAUAAGGUUUUUCCUGCGCGGGUUCAGGUUGCCUGGAGAGGCACAAAAGAUCGAUCGCAUCAUGGAGAAGUUUGCCGAACGGUAUUGUAAAUGCAAUCCAAAUUCAUUUACCAGUGCAGAUACAGCUUAUGUUCUUGCUUACUCUGUGAUUUUGCUCAACACAGAUGCCCAUAAUAGCAUGGUGAAAGAUAAGAUGACAAAGGCUGACUUUUUUCGAAACAACCGAGGGAUUGAUGAUGGAAAGGAUUUACCUGAAGAGUAUCUUGGCUCCAUUUAUGAUCAAAUUGUUAAAAAUGAAAUUAGGAUGAAUGCUAAUUCUUCUGAACCACCAAGCAAGCAGGCAAAUAGUUUUAAUAAAUUAUUAGGUUUUGACGGUAUCCUCAAUCUAGUAACUUGGAAGCAGACUGAAGAAAAGGCUUUGGGUGCAAAUGGGCUUCUUAUAAAGCACAUUCAGGAGCAAUUCAAAGCAAAGUCAGGAAAAUCAGACUCUGUAUAUCAUGCUGUUACAGAUGUCGCUAUAUUAAGGUUUAUGGUGGAGGUUUGCUGGGGUCCUAUGCUGGCUGCAUUUAGUGUGACUCUCGACCAAAGUGAUGAUAGAGUUGCUACUUCUCAAUGCUUGCUGGGAUUUCGACAUGCUGUUCAUGUUACUGCAGUUAUGUGCAUGCAGACACAGCGUGAUGCUUUUGUUACAUCCAUGGCCAAGUUUACUAAUCUCCAUUGUGCUGCAGACAUGAAGCAAAAAAAUGUUGAUGCUGUGAAGGCAAUAAUCUUAAUUGCCAUUGAAGAUGGCAAUUAUCUGCAGGAAGCAUGGGAUCACAUUUUAACAUGUCUCUCUCGAAUUGAACAUCUGCAACUGUUGGGAGAGGGUGCACCAACUGAUGCAUCCUUUCUGACUGGAUCUAAUAUUGAAACUGAAGAAAAAUUAUCAAAGUCAAUGGGUUUUCCAUCUCUAAAGAAAAAAGGAACUAUUCAAAAUCGAGCCGUGGUGGCUGUGGUUCGUGGCGGAUCAUAUGAUAGCACCAGUAUUGGAGGCAGUACUCCUGGAUUGGUAACACCAGUUCAGAUAAAUAAUUUUAUUUCCAACUUGAAUUUGUUGGAUCAAAUUGGCAACUUCGAGUUGAAUCAUGUAUUUGCUAAUAGCCAAAGGUUGAAUAGUGAAGCAAUAGUGGCUUUUGUCAAGGCUCUAUGCAAAGUGGCCAUUUCAGAAUUGCAGUCUCCCACAGAUCCUCGUGUAUUUAGCCUCACAAAGCUAGUUGAAAUAGCGCAUUACAAUAUGAACCGCAUCAGAUUAGUAUGGUCUCGCAUAUGGAAUGUUCUCUCUGACUUUUUUGUUUCAGUUGGCUUAUCUGAAAAUCUCUCAGUUGCAAUAUUUGUAAUGGAUUCGUUGCGUCAGCUUGCAAUGAAAUUCUUGGAACGUGAGGAACUGGCAAAUUACAAUUUCCAAAAUGAAUUUCUGAGACCAUUUGUGAUUGUUAUGCAAAAAAGUAGCUCUGGGGAGAUUAGGGAGUUGAUAAUUCGCUGCAUAUCACAAAUGAUCCUUAGUCGUGUCAGUAAUGUGAAAUCUGGCUGGAAAAGUGUUUUUAUGAUAUUCACAGCUGCUGCUGCUGAUGAGAGGAAGAAUAUAGUCUUAUUGGCCUUUGAGACAAUGGAAAAAAUAGUGCGAGAAUACUUCCCAUAUAUAACUGAGACAGAAAUAUUGACCUUCACUGACUGUGUCAAAUGUCUCAUAACCUUCACAACUAGCAGAUUCACCAGUGAUGUUAGCCUCAAUGCUAUUGCAUUUCUUCGGUACUGUGCGGUCAAACUUGCAGAAGGAGCGCUUGUUUCCAAUGACAAGAAUGUGGUUGAGGGUAUGACUCCAGAACUGACCAAGAAUGCUUCAGAUGCAGACACUUUCAGUGACAAAGAUGAUAACAUGUCCUUUUGGGUUCCUUUGCUGACAGGGUUGUCAAAACUCACAUCUGAUCCUAGGUCAGCCAUCAGGAAGAGUUCUUUGGAAGUUCUAUUUAACAUCCUAAAGGAUCAUGGUCAUCUUUUCUCAUCUCAAUUUUGGACUGGUGUUUUCAGUUCUGUUGUUUUCCCCAUAUUUGAUUCUGUAACUGAUAAGAAAGAUUCAGUGAAAGAUGACCGAAAUUCAUCCGCUUCAAGAUCGUCCCACUUGGAAGGCAGUAUGUGGGAUUCUGAAACUUCUUCCAUUGCAGCAGAAUGUCUAAUCGACCUAUUUGUCAGUUUCUUUGAUAUAGUGAGGUCUCAACUCCCUGGUGUGGUGUCAAUAUUCACUGGUUUCUUAAGAAGUCCUGUUCAGGGUCCAGCUAGCACUGGGUAUGCAGCAAUGGUACGCCUGUCAGACGAUCUAGGCAGCAGGCUUUUAGAAAAUGAAUGGAGGGAAAUUUUUCUAGCUCUGAAGGAGGUAACCACAUCUACAGUGCCUGGACUUAUGAAGGUCUUAAGAAGCAUGGAUAGCAUCGAUGUGCCUGGCAUUUCUCCAUCUUCUAACAAUGACAUGGAAAUGUCCGAUCAGGAGUUAACAAAUGAUGAUCUUGAGGAAGAUAAUCUCCAAACGGCAGCAUAUGUAGUUUCAAGAAUAAAGAGUCAUAUUUCAAUGCAGCUUCUCAUUGUACAGGUCGUUACUGAUCUGCAAAGGACGCACCUGCAGUCCUCAUCAGUGGCCAACACAUCAAUUGUUCUCGAAAUUCUUUCUUCUAUUACCACACACGCCCACCAAUUGAAUUUAGAAAUAAUGCUGCAAAAGAAGCUGCAAAGAGUAUGCUCCAUCCUGGAGCUCACCCCUCCACCAAUAGUCCAUUUCGAAAAUGAGUCGUAUCAGAACUACCUCAACUACCUCCAAAACUUACUGAACAAUUCAUCUCUGUGUGAAGAGAUCAACCUCGAAGCCGAACUUGUUUCAGUGUGCGAAAAAAUAUUGCAUAUCUAUGUCAGUUGUACUGGAUCUCUUUCUUCUCCUCAGCAGCAGCAGCAAGAGAAACGAGCCAAUCAGCCUGUUCUUCACUGGAUUCUCCCAUUGGGUUCGGCAAAAAAGGAAGAACUGGCAGCCAGGAGUUCGUUAGUUGUGUUAGCCUUACGGGUAUUGAGUGGCUUGGAAAGAGAGUCGUUUAAGAGACACGUGUCACAAUUCUUUCCAUUGUUGGUAGAUCUGGUAAGGAGUGAACACAGUUCUGGAGAAGUUCAGCGUGUACUAGGCGACAUGUUCCAAUCAUGUAUAGGCCCUAUUAUAAUUGAAUGAUUCAUUUUAAUAUUUUGUGAAGAUAUAUAUUACUCACCCAAGUGCCCAUCAUCGUCAUCAAAUCUCUAUUUUCAGCUUUUCUUCACCAUCAGCUGGUCCAUGAGAGCUUGAAGCUAUAGCCAAAUUAUUAGUAAUUUUUUUUUGGUUGAGAGUAUCAAUUUCUUGGAUUUUCCCUCAUUUAAAAAAAAAAUUGUAUGAGCUAAAUAUUCUAAUAACAUAGAUCAGAGAAGAGAAGUGUUCCACAUACAAAGAGUGCCUCGAUUUCUGAGGCUCCUCUUCUCAAAAAGUUUUCACACAAUUUGUAGUUUUGACUUUUUGAAUAUAAAGAUAUGAUUAAUUAAAUGUAUUUUACAUUUA